UCGAUAUCAUCUUCCCACGACGCAUUCGACAUUCGAAAAUUUUCGUGGUGCUAAAUUAUUAGUCUCAUGGAAACCAAGCUUCUGAAACAGAGUGUUUGCAUUGCCAUAGUUUUGUUUCUUAAUUGUUUUGGCAAUGCAAGAGCAAGUUUAGGGGUCACUUCUCAGAAGGCCAAGCCUGCAAGAGCUUCGAAGCCUGUAUUGCAUCCCGCAGAUCGACUUUCUUUAGAUUAUUAUCAUGCCUCAUGUCCGCAACUUGAAGGCAUUAUUCAACAGAAACUGCAGGCUUUGGUUAAGAAGGACAACUCCUUGGCUGCUAGCAUCAUUAGGUUGCAUUUUCACGAUUGCUUUGUUCGGGGAUGCGACGCUUCAAUACUACUAAACCAUCAGGGGAGCGAAAGAUCUGCUGAAGUGAGCAAGACUCUGCGAGGUUUCAACAUCAUCGAUGAGAUAAAGUCUGAAGUCGAAAGGAAGUGCCCCAAGACUGUUUCUUGUGCUGAUAUUCUCGUGGCAGCAGCAAGAGACACCACCAUAAUGGUGGGAGGUCCAUUCUGGGAAGUUCCCUUUGGACGAAAAGACGGCCUAAUUUCCAUCGCCAACGAAGCAAAAAACGUCCCCCAUGGCCAUGAAAACGUGACACAACUAAUAAAACAAUUUGAAAUCAAUGGCCUUAACAUGCUCGACCUGGUAAUUCUUUCCGGAUCACAUACGAUAGGCCGGAGCAGCUGCUCUGCAAUCCAACAACGAUUGUUUAACUACAACAAUACCAGAAAAUCAGACCCUUCUAUUGAUAUAAGCUACUUGCAUUACUUGAAGAAGAAAUGCACUAGGCUAGACAAUUAUGUUCAUCUUGAUGUCGCGACUCCAAGAAUUUUCGACGAGGUUUAUUACAAAAAUCUGGAGAAGAAAAAAGGACUGUUGCUAACUGAUCAACUGCUAUACUCUGAUCAACGAACUGCAUCAUUAGUCCAUGCAUUAGCAUCUCAGCCGGAACUGUUCAUUAUUCAAUUUGGGGUGUCAAUGGUAAAACUUGGAAAUGUUGGGGUCCUUACUGGAAAAGAUCAAGGCCAAAUAAGACUUAAUUGUAAUUAUGUCAACAAAGCUUAGGCCAGCAUUCUGUGAACUAAGCAUUUUUGUUCUUGAUACUUGUGGAAUUUUAACUUCCAUAUAAAUACUAAAUUCAUGUCAUGUCUUCUAAUAAAA